ACGUCAGAGGGCUUGCGCUUGGCAACACUGAAAGUCACUCACUACGCAGCGUGUCUUGGGGAAUAACCAUUUUAUAAUAUUUUUCUUCGAUCUAAACAGAGACUUCCCCCGAAUAUAGAGAGAAGCAUAAUCAGCUCGGCAGCCGUCACUCUGCUUUUUGUGAAAGAGCUGUACAAAGUGUUAAACAAUGAAGAAAGUGUUAUUAACGAAAACGCAGCGCAUAGAGCGAGUGCCGUGCGCCACAGACCUGAUUUUGAAGCAGACGGCGCCAGUUCGAGUUGUUGCAGCAGCUGCACCACUGAACAGCAACGCGUACAUACAACGAAAAUCCUUUCAGUCCGUAUACGAGGAUAUAUUCAGAUUGCUCUUGCGUAUACCCGAUAAAGGUAUGCAACAACGUGUCAUGGAUGCCAUUAAUGGACGGGGCAGCGAUAAGGCAUCUGCGACAUUUACCUCGCAGCUAAAAAAACAGUGUUACUGUGGGGCAUCCAAAGCUAACGCUUCCACACAAACAGAUGAAGAGCCAAGGCCCAGCACAUCUUAUCGAUAUCAUGCGACACCAAAUUCACUACAAAAGUUGUUGCUAGAAAGUGAUUCACCCGAUUCUGGUGUACCCAGUGGCAGCAGCCCCAGUCCAGCUCGAUCCGCGCCUCUAAUUGUUGCGAAAAAGCGUGGCCGCAAGCGCAACAACUGUGUGCCAAAGGUGGUCAAAGUGUCCGCAGCUGAACAGGCGCAACAGGAACGGGAGGAUAAACAACUGACACCCGUGAUAAUCAAGAAGAAAAAACUGGAUCUUCCUGAACCGGCGAUCAAAGAAAUACAACGACCGAUAUCAGAGCGUCGCAGCUCGAACAUUUCGGAUAUAUCCAUCAAUUCAUCAGUGGUGGAACAAGGUCUCGAAGACGUGGACAGCUUUAUACAAGACGGUACGGAUAAGGAGCAACUAAAGGCUCUACUGGUACGAAUAAUGACCAACGAAUUCAAGACGUCUCGUGUUUUGUCGCCGGAAGGCCUGCUGCCCAUCCAUAAUGCAAUUUUAAAGGGCGACACUAAUGCCGUAAAACGUCAGAUUUUUGUUUGCACCCAUAGCAAUGUUAAUAUCAAUGAAAUGCUCAGCGCGGAAGGUGAAGAUUGCCUUGAACUUGCCCUAAUGAACGAUGCUGAUCCGGAACUGGUCACAGACCUGCUGAAAGCGGGCUGCUUGCCCAAUCACAUUUACGAAAACUCCAACACGGCUCUGCAUCUAGCUGUCAUCAACAACAUUAAUCUAGAAUCGAUAAGGGAACUAAUGCUACGCAUUGAUCUGGAACUCCUGCUGCAAACCAACGAUGACGGGUACACGGCCUUGCACUUGACAGUACGCCACAAUCAGUACAACGUUGCAGAGACCAUUUUGGACUGCAUCGAUGAGCGGCAAUUGGCUGGGGAGCCAGUCUAUGAAAGAGCAACAGAGGGGACAGAUCCAAGGCUGACGCCAGAGAAGGCAUUUGCCAAAUACUAUGAGCGUGCCUGCGAUAGACUUGAACUAACCAAACACAGGCUCAAGGAUCGUCGCUUAAAGAUGGAUAUCCUAAAUGCCGUAGAGUCGAGAGCGGGCAACACUCCGCUUUUCUUUGCCGUAGAACAGGAGCAAGAGCACUUUUGUUAUUUCCUGCUGGCUCACAUGUGCGAUCCGGAUCAAGAAAACCUCAGCGGGCAUUCCCCAAAAUCAUUUCACUACGAAUAUGCUCGCAUUUUGCGCAUUAAUUUGAAAAUAUCCCGCGUAAUGGAUAAGGUUAUUGGCAUAUUAAAUGGAUGACGAUAAUUGUGCACACAUUAACUUUUCCUAGACUAAUUUGUGAACAUUGUUUUUACAUAGUAAAAAUUACAAACAUUUAGCCCCAGUUGAGCUCAAAA